AGAGAGAGUUACCUGCCACUACCUUACACUCCGUCUACAGCUCUGUCCACCUGCGUUCGUCUUCCAUCCUCCUCUCUACAACCAUGCAAGAGAAAGACGUUUGCAUAUCCAGUCUGAAGGCAGCUGUGUGCCUCCUGGUCGGGACCUUUAACAAAUAUGCCGGCGCUGAUGGAUGUGCUGAGUCCUUGAACUUUGCUGAGUUCAAGGCAUUGGUGCAGAAUGAACUGCCUGAGCUGCUCGAGAACCCAAACUGCCAAAAAGAAAUGGACGAGGUGUUCAGCAAGAUGGACAGCAAUGGAGACAAGGCCGUUGACUUCCAGGAGUAUGUGACGACUGUAGCUGCUCUAGCAUGCAUCUUCCAUGAGCUCUGCCCCAAGGUGUGAGCCGCCGCACUCUUGGGUGGGGUUAUAAAAGGCAGACAAAGAGAUAAACUCCAUGUGAUGAUUGUUUUAACGACUGCAAUAAAAGAGCUUA